CGCAACAUUAGAGGAUUGGAGCGUCCCCUUUACAAUAAUAAUAAACUACUCUUUCAAGAUGGCGAAUGUUGAUGCCUUACGACCAUAUUCUGCAAGAAAGUCUUCGAUGACUUUCUGGUCCCGUCACGACCCAGUCAAACUACCUCAGGGAUACACGGACCACUGGACCAAGAUGCAGCUAAAGUGUACAACUUUUCAGGUUGCUAUGCCAUCUGGAAAAGUAGUCAGUCAUGGAGGUCUCAUGGCUGCUCGAGCACCGAAGAACGAACACGUCGCAAGCUUCGAAUACACAAGAAACGGAACACUAAACCGAGUCGGGGAUCCAACCUUCACGCAGGUGCUAGUGACCGGUCUGAAUGGAACCAUGCCAGGGAGUUAUGACAUGGUUAGGUCGAAACCAAGCAGUGCUAGAUCGCUACGGACGACAUUCAAUGAGAAAGCGCGGGAAGGAUUCAACUAUUGGCAGAUUGACAGACCCAAGCCAACUAAAUAUGGUCGAUAUGGAAUCGGUGCUAAAAAUACAAUCCUUGGUGUCGGGAAUUCCAUCAGGACGUGAUGCUUUCAUGGAUGCAGUAAUUUUGAAAUCACUUGCAGUGUCUGAGGUUACAACACAACUUGAGAAAUAUCAAGCCAAUUAUUAUUGAUUGAGAACUUGUUUUAUUAAGCUGUCCGAAAGCAUGGCUUCUUUCAAUCGUUGACACGAUUGAGUUUCUGUGAGCACCAACGAGUCUGGGUUUGGGGUUAAGCCUGCAUGAGUUGGGUUCGUUCACUUAUAGGACACAAUGUAUUCAUUGUCGAUGUGAAGGUAGGCCUACAUCGGGUAUCAUAAUUUUCAUUGAGGUAAAUUUGUAUGUAGUCUUACGUAGCAUAAGGACGUCACAUGCAGGGCUCAAUCACAAAAAUCGGGGCCAACAUAAAGUCUAUACGACAGACUUUUGGAUGGACCUUGCAUGCACGGUUUAUGCAAUCCAACAUUUUCGUAUAACUGCCUCAAAUGAUUGAUGUGUCACCAAAACCACUUCUUAUGAAACAUUGUAACAUAAAUUGAACCAAUUAAACAUGUUGUUUACAGUGUUACUGGCUAAAUGCGAUAAUGGGUUAUCGGGUCUCUUUAUGCUAAUAUUUUUUCUAAACUCAGCAAGCGUUAUGUGCGUAGGCCUUAGGUAAUACAUGUAAUGGUUGGCGCUUAAAUAGGCAGCCUAUUCGACACCUUUUAACGCAGAUUAUUCACUUUAUUUUCAGUGCUUGUUGCUCUAGAAAAUAGCAAAUGCAAUUGAUGAACUCUCCACGUUUGUUGUGUUUCACGUUUUAAGUUUGUUUCAAACACAAUCUGUUAAUUUCCCAUAUUUAAAAACUUAUACAUGUAUUCAUUGUUUGUAUCGUGUUUUGACAAACAUUAUUCUUUAAUUGAAAUGUUUUUUUAAGUGUGAAAUAUUGUGCGCUGGCGUAAAGUUACUUUUCACGCAACUGAUAUAGUUUUUGCAGAGAAGGUAGACCGAUUUUGAUAAUGUUUGCAGUAUGCCACUUACAGACUGCGCGGUCUGCAGUCACUCAUUGAAAGUUCGUUCCGUAUACACUGUAAGUGAAAAAGCUCUAUUUUUAUGGUAGUAGGCCUACAAUUUAAAGCCAUUAUACACUAUCGGAACAGGAAAAAAAAGUUCACAGAUUUACAAACAACUUA